AUGUCGAAAGGAAAAGUAGACAAUACACUGUCUCGUCUGCUAUGCUUCCGACAAAAAUCAAAAGGCAUUCAGUUGUAUUCCAACUCACCCUGUCCAGUCCUAAUCACGCGAAACACGCCUGUCCCCACGGUGACCACUAAUCUCACAUCGCUGCACAACUCGACCAGUCUGGAGGAAACGGCUAUGGACAACCCAAUGUUCUACACGACACAGCGUCUUUCUCCAGUAUCCGAUGGAACAGGCAUGACAAUGCCGAAUCUCCUAUAUCAAUCCAUGUUUAUCCAUCCUCCGUGCAGUGCACCGACGCCAGUUCAGCUUGGAGAGUUGAAGAGACAUGCGCUGGCGAACGGUGUGUAUCGACCAACACACGCAUUCGGAGAUGAGUACGUGCGACAGCAUUACGCGGCAGAUUUGGUCAAUCCCCGUCUCGUCGGAGAAGGGUUUGCUUCCGUCCAGCCGAAUGGAAUUGGCAAUCUUGGUGGUCCAACACACAACGAAAGUCUGACCGGAUCGGUGGUACUCACGAAUGACUCGGCUAGUUUUACUGAUGGUCUGGGAACCCCGUUUAAUAUUGGAAACCGUUUGAUGCACCAACAGUGCCCAUCACCACAGUUCAGUGGGCACCAUACUGAUGAAUCACCGGGGAAUUUCGUUGAGAGGCCAAAACAACCAGAUCAUGUGGAACUUGGUCCGCUACAAAGUGCUUUGCUCCAUUCAUCCCCGCAACAACAAUUUGAGUUCAGCAAACCGCAGCUCGCUCCAUCGCACAGUAACAAUCGAAUCCAGUUACGAACUGGAUCUCCAGAAAGUUAUGACUGUGGACAAACUGUUCGAUCUGUGACCGUGAGGUCCGAAAUGACGCCGCUGGUUGUACGAUUCCCUUCUGGUGAGGCCGGCCUCCUGAUAUGUCCCGGAAAUGCUGGCGAGGAUAGUUUUGGCAUCCGAAAUCCGCCAAAGCCCAUAUUGGUCCGUAGGUCAACAUCCAACUGUUCAGGUUUUGCGAACAGCAGACAGGCUCAAAGUCAUCUAACAACGAGCACUCUGCUAACUACUGACAACGAUUCGGAACAGGGUUACGUAGAACUAGUUCGCAAAGGUCUUAUUCAACCUGUCAACCGGAGUCAUCAAGACGAAAAAGAAAUCACGGCAGUGCUCUUAUCCCACAAUCGGAAUGGGGGAACAAAAGAAACCAAAGGCUCAGCUGAAGAUACCGUUAAAAUGAGACAUUUGUUGCAAGAUACCGAGGAUUUACCAAAAAGCACCAAAGACUCAAUCAGAUCUAUUGACCGGUCGAAUUCGGAGACGGACAGCAUUGGACUGUCGUUCAAAUCUGAAACUCCCGGAUAUGUACUCCUACCUUCGCACCAAGUUUCAAUCCGUCAACAAAAGAUGAUUAAAGACGAUCCGGCCAUUUCUGAAAGUUUCACAGCUUUUAAACCAGCCUUACCUUGUAAAGCACCCAACGGCAUGAUGAAGUCGUUCAACAAACCCCCGACAGCGGAUUCUCACAUGCUAUGA